AUGGGGAUUGAUAUCAUUAUAAGAGAUGAAGAAGGAGAGGCUUUAGUGGUUGUGUGUGAUCUCAAGAUUAAUGUAGUAAAUGCAGCUAUUGCAGAAAGUUUUGCAUUGAGGAAAGCAGUUGAAUUGUGCUCAGAGCUCAAUAUUCAAAAAGCUAUCUUUGAAGGCGAUGCAAACAAAGUAGUUGAGGCUGUACAGAGUGAAAAGGAAGCUGUCUUUGCUUUUAGCUCUAUCAUUGAUGAUGUAAAGUUUCUCUUCAGGAAUAGAACAGAUUGGUUUAUUCAAUUUGUUAGUAGGAAAAAGAACACAGUAGCUCAUACUUUAGCUAAGAAAGCUUUAGCGAUAGGAGAAGAACUAGUUUGGAUAGAAGAGGUCCUAGAUUUCAUUGUGGGAUGCCUUCAUAAUGAUACAAGUUAUAAUGCUUAA